AUGGCGAACCGCGCAGUCUUAUAUUACCUUUUUCUGGUGGAGGGAUUUUCAAAAGGUCUAAUAGCUGUGAUACAAACACAGGAGACUGUGGUGGCAAAAGCAGGAGAAGAUGUCCUUUUGAGCUGCCGGCUCAUGCAGACUAAAGAUGUUCUUCAGGUCACCUGGCAGAAACUUCUACCGGAGGGGAAGAAGAAUUGUGCCACAUACAGUGAUCAUUUUGGGGAAACAGUGAACCCUGGUUUUCAGGGGAAAGUGGAGUUUAAAGAUGCUGGACUUCAGAACUGCUCCAUAGUUAUCAGGAAGGCGAUGGAGAAGGAUGAAGCCUGCUAUUACUGUUUGUUCAACACGUUUCCUGACGGUUAUCUGACAGGAAAAACCUGCCUCCAACUCUAUGAGCUGCAUGAACCCAUCCUACAAAUCAGAGAAUCAAACUCUACUGAAGAGACAGUGGUGUCCUGCUCGGCCACAGGUCGUCCCGCUCCCACAGUAACUCUGAAUGUCCCACAACAAGACCUCUACUUCUCUAACAGCAGCACAGUCAGUGUCACCAACACCAACGGUACAGUCACCGUCAUCACGACAGCUCUGCUGUCUGGUUUCCAUGGAAAUGACACACAAGUUGGAUGUGCGGCAAGACUGCUCUCAGUCCCUGAAAUGCAGGUGUUUAAGACGAUUCCUGCAGUCAAACGAUCAUCUGAUGAUGGUUUUAACGAGAAAUCUGGAUCUGAUAAGAAUGUCACUUUGAUCGUUGCAUUGUCUGUAUCAGUGGCCAUUGUUUUGGUUGUUGCUAUAGUCGUCGCUGUCCUGCUCAAACAUAAACAUAAGAACAGGGAUGCAGAUAAGAACAAUUUGCCACCAAAAUCAAUCAAAGACCAUCAUGAGUGCCAAACAGCUUUAAUGAAGCAGGAGAACGAGCAGACCAGGGAACAAACACCUGAGAAAGAAAAUCCAAAAGAGGAGAAACCAGAGUUACGACCUCCUACAGUUAGAAGACUGUCGUUUUCAUACGAAGAUAGUCAGACUUGAACAAAGCUGCAGUGAGAGCCGAUGUUUGUAAAAUGUGCAGGUAUUGUAAAAUAGUCAAAAGGUGAUGUGCUAGAAGACUGUCUGAUUUUUUUAUCUCAAGGUGAAAAAGGUGAACGUACAUAGAGAUUUGGGUGUUUGUUUUAAACUAUUUUUAAAUAUAUAUUUUAAUAACAUGUUAAACUUAUUAACCCUCAAAUUGCCACUAAUGAAAUAUGCAUUGUAUAUAUUGUAUUUUCACUUUAUUUUACCUUAUGUUUAUUAAUGUACUUAAUAGUAAUUAUUAAUGUAAUUUUUUUCUAUCUGAACAUACAUUCAUAUUUUUCACAUGAUUUUUAUGUUUUUCUCAUGUGAAACACCUGUAUAUUAUUUCCUUUGCCACACCAAAAGCAUAAUACAGGAUACAUUCAUUGUUAGCAUGUAACCAAACUAUGAAUAGAUUAUUUUUGACUCUCAAAGUCUCACAUCACCACUG